CCAAAUAAACGCCAAGACGCAUGGUUUGGUGAACCCGAUCUGUCCUUAGCUGGGGGAGGAACCGUUUUGUUCUUUGGUUCCCUUCCACUCAAGGAAAAACAUUGUCGGCAGAGUUCUGGGUAUCCUUGUCAGGGGUACAUCGGCUGCGAGGGGGUUGCCCUUAAAACGCCUCGAGGUGAAAUAUUGAUAAUAAAUAAUACUCUGGGUGCCGAGGUUUGACUAAUCUAUUUCCUUCAAUUGGCAGAGAAGGAACAUCAACAUUGGAGAAAUCUCUGCUAUUUCAGAUCAGAUCGCAUGGCCAGUCCUUCUCCUGUUGUUGUUCCAAGAAACUUUCGGUUGCUGGAAGAGCUAGAGAGAGGAGAGAAAGGAUUUGGUGAUGGGACUGUCAGCUAUGGAAUGGAUGAUGGAGAUGAUAUUUAUAUGCGGUCUUGGACAGGAACAAUCAUUGGACCACAUAAUUCAGUGCAUGAUGGCCGCAUAUAUCAGCUAAAAUUAUUCUGUGACAAGGACUAUCCACUCAAACCCCCAACUGUCAGAUUUCUUUCUCGGAUCAACAUGACCUGUGUAAACAAGGAAAAUGGAAUGGUGGAUCUGAAGCAUUUUCCGAUGUUAGCAAAUUGGCGAUCAGAGUACACCAUGGAGGAUAUUCUAAUGGAGCUCAAACGUGAAAUGGCAGCAUCACACAAUAGAAGGCUGUCACAGCCGGCAGAAGGGACCACAUUUUAGUUGAAUCAAUGAUUAAAUGAAAUAGUUUAUUUAUCUUGGCCUUAUGAGGACUUUACAUGUACAGUAUUUGAGGUUUUUCAUUCAUGGCAUACGCAUGCCACAAUGACAUAGUGCUUGCUGUUUUAGAAUUAACUUAUGUUAUCAAAGGUUCUAAUGGAUUCUGAGUUGAAUUUUCAGUGUCUGUUAGCAAGAGAUCAUGUAGGAAGUUGAACAUCAUUAGUCAAAGAAUUGUUUCUUAUUACAUUGAAUUAUAUAUUAUAUGGGAUUUGGUGUUUUCUUAUAAAUCACAAAGAAAUAGUGAUUCUGACA